UAGGCCCGUUUCUGAGGCUCUUCCUUCCUCCCGCCCGUGUUGUUCCCUCCAAAACCAACCGACGACCAACCGCAGAAGGAAUCUCUCUGCUUCGAUCGGUUGCAGCGGGACGGGAGACGCUCUCCUCUGCUGUCGUCGACUAUAUAGCUAGCCUCCCUCGCCUCGCCUCGCCCUCCUCCUCUCCCAUCCGCCCUCUCCCUCUCUUCUUCAUCUGGGGUACGUAGUGCGCCGUGCCCGUGCGCCAGCGGUUCUUGGGCGAGAUGGCGGACAAGGGGAAGGGGAAAGCCGACGCCCGCUAUAAGCCAUGGCAGCGGCGGCGUCAGGGUGCAGCGAGGACGGAGACUGAAGCCGUCGACGACACUGCCGGUACUUCGUCGCGGACUUCAGGGCGGACGGAGACUGCCGGCGACGGCGGGACUCAGCAGGAGCUUCCACCCGGCGUCUCUUACCAGUUCAGUGGAGCUCCCGGUGGCGGGGGCGGGUCGGGGCUGAGCAAUCAAGCCCGUGGGAGUGCGCCCUUCGGCGGCCAGAACCAGAUCGCCAACCCACAGUUCGGUGGCGGCGGGGGUGGGUCAGGAGCGGGGUACGGGGGAUUCUCUCAGUUUGCUCACGGGCACGGGGGAUUCUCUCAGAUGUAUUCGAGGCCACCGGCGGCGAUGCUCCAGCCGACUCUGGGCAAUAAUCCAGCCUACACCGGGGAGGCUUCCACGGCGGCAGCCCAUCCGACUGGACCGGUACGGGAGUGCACUAUUUGCAAAACGCCCACAGCAGGGCUCUGGACCGCGACGACUCUGCAAGGUACACGGGUGGGAACCCCGCUGCCCCUGUGCGAUGCUUGCCACAGCAAAAUCUUCAGCUGGGACAGGCCUCUGCAGCAUCUGCACCAAUAUCUUGCCACCACAGUUGUGGGUCGCGGCGCCGGGUCGAUACAUUCGUUUCUUACAGCUAUCGGUCGCGCCGGCGGGUGGGAUCACGGGGACUUCGCUCUGGCGAUGAGGUUGCUCCCGCAGCCGCCGGGCGAUCAAGCCGGCGGGAGUGCGCCCUUCUUCGGCAUCGACGUGCCGAGCGGCUACGUUUUCUUCUCCGGCGGCCAGAACCAGAUCGCCAGUUCCGACGGGCUGGCGCCGGCACCGGCACAGUCUGCAAUGAGCCCAUGGUGCGUUGUUUGCAACAAUGCCGCGGGGACGCUUUGGGACUGGCUGCCCAUCUGCGAGGCUUGCUACCACAGGGCUCGCUACAACAGGGAGGUCUACAGGGCUCGCAUGCAGAUCGCCAAUGCCAGUGCGGCUCAGGCUCAGGCUCGGGCUGAGGCUCAGGCUCUGAAGGAUCGGGCUUAUCAGGCUAUGGCUCAGGCUGAGCCUCAGGCUCUGGCUCUGGCUCAGCAGGCUCAGGCUCAGGCUCAGGAGCAGGCUCUGGUUCAGAAGGCUCAGGCUCAGGCUCAGGCUCACGGUAUUGCCAUUGAUCAGCAGCGGCCAUUGAUCACGCUCUACCCCCGCCACGCCCCGCGACCAAGUGGAUGCCGUUAUUGCGGAUAUCGUUAUUGCAGGCAGCCCAUGUGCGAGACUUGCUGUAGAUUGAUGAAACUAUAAACUUGAGUAGAUCCAUCGACGAAACUAUAAACUUGCUGUAGAUCGACGAAACUAUAUAUAUACUUGUAGGACUUGAUUCCUUGCCACUUAGUAGAUGAAACUUAAUAUAUACUUGCCGUGGAUCGAUGGCAUUCAGUUCA